AAGUGAAGCUUCCAUAGUUAUUCCCCGUUCAUGUUUUGUAUGAUGUUGUUGUUAUCAUAUUGUUAUGAAUAUACAGAACGUGAACUUGGCCCGUUAACGGGGAAAAGCCUCAAGGCCCUCAACCAACUGUAUAGGACUAGCUCGGAAGCUGGGACUGUUAUUAAUUAGAUGAUGCAAAUCCGUUUCCAGCUUUUGUAUUUUUGCUUUCUUUUUCUUUCUCUAGCGCUUUUAUCUUUUGAAUCUUUUUAUAUACAGCACGCAAAUUGCAGUGCAUGAGCAGCAUUUCUUGUAGUAUUGAAUAAUAAAUUUAGGAUGGUGAAGGAGGCUGUUUUGGCCUUGCUUUGCAUUAUUAUUAUUCCUUCUGUUUAUUGUUCAGAAUUUCCUGCAGUGUUUGUGUUCGGAGACUCCUUAGUAGAUGAUGGUAACAAUAACUACCUCAAUUCUUUAGCAAAAUCCAACUAUUUCCCAUAUGGAAUCGAUUUUCAUGGCGGUCCGACCGGCAGAUUUUGCAAUGGGAAAACCAUCAUUGAUUUUCUAGGAGAAUUGAUAGGCCUGCCUCCCAUCCCACCCUUUGCAGCUACUUUCUCAACAGGAACUGACAUUCUUAGUGGAGUCAAUUAUGCUUCAGCCGCUGCAGGGAUUCUUGAUGACUCUGGCAAAAAUCUUGGAGAUCGGUAUACUCUGGGCCAACAAGUGCUAAAUUUUGGAAGCACCCUAAGCCAAUUAAAGACCCAAAUGGAUGACAAGAAACUGAGGCAGUAUUUGGCUAAGUCUUUGGUUGUAUUGAACAUAGGAAGCAAUGACUACAUCAACAAUUAUCUAAUGCCUUCUCUCUACUCUACCAGUUUCACUUACAACCCUAAAGACUUUGCUCAUCUUCUCAUCAACACCUAUACAGAGCAAAUAUUGAUGCUUCAAAGUUUAGGACUGAGGAAGUUCUUGUUGGCAGCAGUUGGUCCUCUUGGGUGCAUACCAAACCAGCUAGCCACUGGGCUUGCCCCUCCUGGACAGUGUCUCUCCUUCGUUAACAAUAUGGUUCAACUCUUCAAUACGCAGCUCAGGUCUGCGGUUGAUGAGCUAAAUAAGAACAGCACAAGCUUACGCACAGAUUCUGUUUUUGUUUUUGGCGAUACUUAUGGAGCUUUUGAGGAUAUACUUGACAACCAUACUUCUUAUGGAUUUGCAGUAACCGAUAGAGGAUGCUGCGGAAUUGGAAGGAAUCAAGGUCUAAUAACAUGUCUGCCAUUGGCUUUCCCAUGCUUUAACAGAGACCAAUACAUAUUUUGGGAUGCUUAUCAUCCCACCCAAGCAUUUAACCGUAUCAUUGCUCAAAGGGCUUAUUCAGGUCCCCCAUCUGAUUGCUAUCCUAUUAAUGUAAAACAACUUGCUCAACUGUAGGGUGUAUUAUAUGUAUAUAUAUAUGUAAAGAUCAAUACCAAUUUAUAAGUAUUAUUAUUAUUAUUACUUA